AUGGGGGACUUCAACGUGGCGCUGGUGAUCGUGGCGGCGGUGGUGAGCGUGGUGGUGCUGCUCGUCAGCGUCUACCUGCUCGUCAACUACCAGCACCCCGACGACGCCAACCAGGCCUACUUCCCCAAGCUCGUCGUCGUGCUCGGCCUCACCGUCGCCGUCCUCUCCAUCCUCAUGCUCCCCGCCGACGUCGCCAACCGCCAGGCCUGCCGCAAGGCCGUCUACAACGGGGCUUGCAACCUCACGCUCCCCAUGAAGACGCUCUGGCUCGUCGUCUACAUCGUCGACGCAGUCCUCGUCUUCCUCGUCAUACCCUUCGCCAUGUUCUACUACGAGGGCGACCAGGACAAGUCCGUCGGGAAGAGGCUCAGGACCGCUCUCAUGUGGGUCGUCGCGUCCGCGGUGGUGUGCGGCCUCGUCCUCGGCAUCCUAUACGGACUUGUUGGUAAAGUGGACUUCACUGUCAGGCACCUAUCUUCAACGGUCCAGACAUUUCCAAACUCAUUUUCUGGACUCUCAAGUGGCCAGCCUUGCUUUAGUCAAUUGCCUCGUGUGUGUGCGGCUUCUACUGCACCGGCUAACUCGCAAACAACUUGGACAAUGCGUGCUACCUUCCCUGAAUAUGUGGUUGCUCUUACUACAAUCGUUGGAUCUGUGCUUUUCACGAUAUUUGGUGGUGUCGGAAUUGCCUGCCUUCCAUUGGGACUUAUAUUCUCAUUUAUCCGGCGUCCAAAAGCUGUAAUUACACGCUCACAAUAUAUAAAGGAAGCAACUGAAUUGGGAAAGAAGGCCAGGGAGUUGAAAAAAGCGGCUGAAGCUCUUCACCAAGAAGAAAGAAGUGGGAACAAGGGCCGGAAAUGGCGCAAAAACGUGAAGGCUUUAGAAAAGGAGUUAUUACUUCUGGAAGAUGACAUGAAGGCUCUAGAAGAGAUGUAUCCUCAAGGAGAAAAGGCUGAGGCUACUUGGGCAUUCACAGUCCUUGGGUACAUUGGAAAACUUAUAUUCGGUGUUGUUGGGUUAAUUGUUUCAGUAGCUUGGGUUGCACAUAUCGUCAUAUACUUGUUGAUUGAUCCUCCUCUAUCUUCUUUCCUGAAUGAAGUCUUCAUAAAGUUGGAUGGUGUUUGGGGUCUCCUUGGGACUGCUGCUUUCGCGUUCUUCUGCUUCUAUCUCCUUAUUGCAGUGAUAGCUGGGGAGAUGAUGCUUGGUUUGAAACUUGUUUUCAUCACAAUUCACCCGAUGAAAUGGGGAGGCACUUUAAUGAACUCCUUCCUGUUUAAUGUUGGGCUCAUACUACUUUGCUCCAUCAGUGUGAUUCAGUUCUGUGCCACGGCUUUCGCCUACUACGCACAAGCAACUGCUGCUCAAGAGAUCUUUGGCCAUACAUUGCAAUCCCUUCGUGGAAUUAAGUAUCUUUACAAGUACAAUGUUUUCCAGUAUGGCUUUGUUGCUCUUGCCAUCCUUACACUCUUCUACUAUGCUAUAUUUGGAUGGAGAAAGAGGAAACCAACAGGAAGGUUCCAGCUCUCAAAUUGA